AUCAAAUUACUACGUAUUUCCGCUAACACGCUUGUUCAUUGCUUUACAAUGAAUGAAUGAUGAUGAUUUCGGAAACACUGUUGAAUUUUCAUCGUGCAAGCAAAAAUACUCAUCUACUCUGCUAUCAAGAUCAAAAGUAUCAUCAGAAAUAAAUGAAUCAUUAUCAUCAUCACAAAUGAUCAUAAGAAGAUCUAUCAAAAGAAAUGUUAAAAAGUAUAAUCAAUUAAGUGGUAACACACUAUCUAACUUAGAUUGGACUCAAAGUCCAAGUUCUUACAGUAGAGAAUUCUGCCACUUAUUCACGUACACAAUAACAUCUAAAGAUGACGUGAAAACGGAAAUAGAUUACGUCAGAAACUUGAUAAAUUUACAAUCUAUUAAUCCUGUCACAAACAUAUCUAAGUCGAAUACUUUACUUCCACGUUUAAUCAAUUACGCUAUUAAUGGACAAUUACGUGUAUGUCAUUUUCGAAGCAUUUGUUGGCGUAUAUUUCUUGACAUUCUACCCAAUGAUGUAAGUCAAUGGUCGAAACAAUUAAAAAAAGACAGAGAAUAUUUUGCCAUGUUAAAUUGUCGAAUUAAUAUUAAUCCAUAUAUUAAUCAAAUAAAAUCAGAUGAUCAUCCAUUAUCUUAUAGUAGAACGAGUUUGUGGAACAAAUAUUUCUACUCAUUAAAAGUAAAACGCAUAAUAGCAAAAGAUGUUAAUAGAACAUUUCCAAAAGUGGAAUAUUUUCAUAACCAAAAUAUACAUAACAUUAUGAUUGAUUUAUUAUAUAUUUAUACAGAACAUGAGAAUAUUUCCUAUCAACAAGGUAUGCAUGAAAUAUUAGCACCUUUAUUAUUCGUUUUACAUUGUGAUCUAACUGCAUUUGAACAUGUUGUAGAAAUGAAAAUUAUAUCAUCUGAUUUAUGGAAUGAUUUAAAUUAUAUUAUGAAUAAGGAAUACUUUCAAGCUGAUGUUUAUAUGAUGUUUGCAAAAAUUAUGAACUCCGUCAAAAAUUGGUAUCCUCAAACAAAACUAACAACUCAUGAAAAAAGAAUAAGAAGACGUACAAUUAUAGGAUUACCAACAACAAUAUUAGUUUUAAAAUCAGAAGCAAAUGCAAACUCCAAUGACCCAGAACAAACUCCCAUGGUUACCAAUAAAACACAAGACAGUAUUGAUGAUAAUAAUAAUCUUAAAUAUUUUAAAAUUUACUACGAGAACGAUAAUGACGAAUUAGACGGAGAGGAUCAUGAAGAAACUAAAAAUGACAGUGAGGGGGAUGAAAUCAUCGAAAAAUAUGAAAGACAGAAUAAAGAUCAAUUAAAACAACCUGACGGCGGAGAUCAACACACGUUUCACUUUGAUCAGGAAGAACAUUCUAAACAUAACUGUUCAGGAGAUUGUUUUGUAGAACAAAUACACAAACAAUUAUUAUUGAGACACAACCCAUUAUUAUAUAACCAUUUGAAAAAAUUAGAGAUAUCACCAAAAUUAUUUGGUUUAAAAUGGAUACGUUUACUAUUUGGUCAUGAAUUCCCCUUACAAGAUUUAUUAUAUAUAUGGGAUUGUAUAUUUGCCGUAAACAAUAAUUUAGCAUUUGUUCCUUACAUGUAUUUAAGUAUGCUGUUACGUUUAGGACCAACAUUAAUAAAAUAUGAGUUUGCAGAAUGUUUAACAUUAUUGAUGAAUUAUCCAGCUGGCAUGGAUGUAACGUAUUUAGUCUACAUGGCAUUACACUUGUAUAAACCACAUUCAUAUAACAAACCAUCAAAUGUAUACGACUAUCAUUCCAUCUUCCAUAGCAUUACUAUCGGUGACGACGACAAUAAUAAUAAUGUUACAAACAGCAAAAUCAAUGACAUACACGAUAAUACCAGUUGUAGUAGCAAAGAUAACCGUAAUUAUGAUGCAAAGACUACGAAUUAUGGCAAAAACGAUAGUGAUGCUGAGAAUAUUGACAAAAUCAACAUCAGUGCGAACAGCUACAGUGACAGCAGUAAUAACAUCAAAAAUAACCCAAUACCAUCUCUUCCAUCAUUAAGUAAUGAAAUAAAGUCUAAACUAAAGAAUACACCUUUUAGUAAUCUUGUAAACAAUUAUCGAAAAAAAUCCAACAUAAAUAAUCCUAUUACUAACACGGAUAUUAUAAAACGAAGCAAAACAUUUAAAAAUAGUAAGCAAGUAAUGGGUAUACCAAGAGGUAGAUCAUUAGCCGAUUUAGCAGGUUUAAAAAAAUCAAUAUACAUCAAUUCAAAUGAAGAAAAUAUUCGACUUUCAGAUAUAAUGAUAUCAACUGAAAGCACAAACAAUAAUAAUUGA